AUGUCGAUAACUGAUUCGUCGUGCGGAGGCCACAUUCAGCUCGCUCUCUCCUACGACGGACACUCUCGCCUCAUCGUCAACGUGCUUCGCGCUCGAGGUCUUCGUCCUCGCGAUCCAUCCCGCUCCGCUCCUAACCCAUUUGUCAAGGUGUAUCUACUUCCUGGACGAAAAGUCUCGCAUAAGCGACGAACUCGAUUUGUCGACUCGUCGUGUGCUCCUGAAUGGAAUCAACCUCUCGAAUAUCAUGUGUCGCCUCAGAGUCUCGCAACGAUGUUCCUCGAGUUCACAGUGUGUGAUUAUCAACGAGACGUCGAUGAUCUACCACUGGGAAGUGUGCAAAUCUCUCUAGCCGACCGCCAUCUUUUCAACAACGUCGCCCGCUGGUACCCGCUUCAAUCCGAUAACAACAUUCUCGUGAAUCUGCCCAAUGACCGUGGUUCGAAUAAUAGGAAUUUUGUGAAUUUCGACCUUCCACAACAACAACCAAUUCCGUCUUCCCGUCAUUCGACGAAAACCGGAAGACACGCAACCUUCAACUAUAAUCCAGUAUCAUUGGACAUUGGCUACCCGGCAAUAAAUUAA